AUGUCUACAUGGAAGGAGAGGCACUUCCUGUGUACAGACAAACAUGUCCCAUGGUCAGGGUUUUCCCCCAGACCCUACCAUAAACUAGCCAUUCAAAAACCUCCACACACAGAUAACAAAAUCAGGGUUUGCCAGAAAAUCCGUUGCCCCCUUGAGGAGGCUGUCCUUUGGCACGUGUGGGGCUACCACACGUGGCUGGAUGUUGGGAGAAUGCCCCCUAUCUACCGCCCAAGGCCAGACAAGCCUUUCGACAGCAACAUGUGGCGAUGGAUCACUGCUCCCAGGAAACCCUCCAUGGCCGAGCCACCAGUUCCUCCUCCUUCGCUCUUGGAUGGGAACACCUAUGUCAAAUUCAUCGAGGGGGAAGGCUUGUUUGUGGACUGCAGGAACAAAAAAAGAGUUCUGAGACAAACCCAGAAAGAACUGAAGCAGUGUGAGCAACUGAAGCUGAGGAGUGAGUGCCGAGCUCCGCCUUUAGACGUUUGGGGAAAUAUCAUCCCUCCCAAAGAAUUCAGGCGGUACAGGCAUCUGCUUUCAGGAAAAAGCCUGGCUUCCCUCUGUGUUCAACUGCGGCCGGUCAAACCUCCUUCUGCAGAAUGUUGGCGUGAUCCCUGUCCGAGCCUCCAACCCCAUUACCAAGACUCCGCCAUUGGGUUUGUUCUGAAGAACAGCAGCCCCAUUUACCAGGAGGUGGUGGAAAAAUACCAGGAACUGGCCCUUUCUGGGAGCCACAUUCCGUCUUGA